AUGCACCUCAUCCUCACUGGUGCUACAGGCCUCGUCGGCUCCAGCGUUCUAGAUGCUAUGCUGAAAUCGAAAGAGAUCACCAAGAUCUCCAUCUUGAGCAGAAGACCCGUGCCUUUGGCUGAGAAAGAUUCAAGAGUCAAUACGAUCAUCCACAAAGACUUUACAAAAUACGAGCCUAAAGUUCUUGAACAGUUGCAAGGCGCCAACGGGGUAGUCUGGGCAUUGGGGAUCAGCCAACUCAAGGUGACAAAAGAAGAAUAUGUCACCAUCACCAGAGACUUCCCUGUCGCUGCUGCUGAGGCUCUCUCCACCCUGCCACCCACAAAUGAGCCCUUCCGCUUCAUCUACGUCUCUGGCCACGGUGCGACCACAACACCAGGAACAUUCACGUCGCUCUUCGCGCGUGUGAAGGGAGAAGCCGAGACAAAGCUGUCUGAGCUGCGCACAGCGAAGUUUCAUGUCGAGACUGUACGUCCUUGCCAUGUAGAUGCUGCCAAUCACGAUGCGAUCAAACCGCACAUCCCCAGUCCUGGUAUUGUGUACAAUGCGCUCGAUCUAGUCUUUGGACCGAUUAUACGGACGUUUCUCCAUUCUAUGCAUAGCCCAACAGAACGACUUGGGCCUUUUCUGACUGAGAUGGCGAUGGGAAAGUACGAUACGCAGUUGGAUGCAGGCGGCAAUGGUAUCUCGAAUUUGAAUGGGUCAAGGAUAUUGGAAAAUGUGGCAUUCCAAAGGUUAUAUCGUCCUUGA